GCUCUCCUCCUCGGUAACCCUCUCUAUGACCUCCUCCUGCUGACUUCUUGUCACAUGACAUCAGGCUGGCUGCGUGCGUGUGGAGGAGGCUACGCCGAGCCUGACGUCACCCAGUGCACGCCGCACCAGUGUUUCCAUAGCAACGCACCGCACUACGCUGAAACUGACAUUGUGCGGCUGCAGGGCGUCACCGGCAGCAACAUGUACGCUGUCCCCGCCCUCACCGUAGACUCGCUCACCCGGAAAGACAUCUCUGCCGCCGAGUUCCCACGGCAACAGCUGAUCUUCAGGGAGAAGCUGGGGGAGGGGCAGUUUGGAGAGGUCCACCUGUGUGAGGCAGAGGGACUCCCAGAAUUCCUUGGGGAAGGGUCCCCCCUCCCUGACAGAGAUGGGCGUUCUGUACUGGUAGCUGUUAAACAGCUGAGGGCCGACGCCACCAGCCAGGCCAG